CGGAGGGACCUUGUGUUAAGUUCGAGUGAAUACAAGGGUCGAUCUUCGCAGGGUUCGUGAAUUGAUGAAAGGCUGUGAAAUAUUACAUGAAUUGUACUUUGCAAGCCAGUUGUUGUGACUCCCCUUUGAAAUUUCCCUUUCUUUGGCUUUUCGUCUUCUUCUUUUUCGAUCCGAUCGUCGAAUCAUGUCAUUUCCAGCGAUCUCCUACUCCCCUCAACCUCGUCGGACUGGCUCAGUCUCAAGCAACUCAAACCUAACCACAACCAACAACCCAACAGCACCAGCACCACCACCAGCACCUGCAGGACCACGGGCAAGCGGCAGCAGCUCACACAGCACUAGGAGUAGCACUACUACCAACCCUGUCAAUCCCUUCAACUCAUCUCACAUGGAAUCUACCGUCACCAGGCUGCUGGUAGCCACAAAACAACUACUCGAAUCUCUCACUGAUUGGUCCCAAGGCAAAAUCGAUGAGGGCGGCGUAUCCGACAUCUACGUCCGACUCGGAAACGAGUUCAAUGCCGCCAGUCUAGCCUUCACCAAGGAGGGCAUCAACAUGUCCGAUCUCAACUCAGUCCCAGAUGAUCUCCGAGCCUGUCUCGAAGCCGCCCUGUCAGAGGAAGCCAGUCCCAUCACUCUCGAUCAACACCUCCCUCAAAUCCGUCAGAUCGUCGUCCAUCUCCUCCAAGGCCUCAAAGUCAAACAGGCCAAGUGGAGAGCAGCCAAACGUCAACACGAUCAUGAAGCCUCAUCCUCCUAUACCAAUCGACCCGGCUCAGUCCGUGAACAUGGCAUCCCUCCCGACAGACCCCCUCUACCCCACCCCUCCAUCCGAAGCGGCCCACGCUCACUACAUGCUACCAGAAGCAGAGAAGACUUACGAAGGGCUGCCGUCGUCUCCACCUCCUCCCACAGUGAUCAUCAUCGCUCUCAGCCCUUACGAGCAACCAGCCCAGGUCCUAGUCACUCUCGCUCAAUAGGCCCAUCAGAUCAUCCAAACAUCCUCAAAUCUAGUGACCCCCUUCCCGGUACCAGAAGCUCUUACGAUAAUCCCUCCUCCGGUCCAUCCGUCCCUUCCAAAUCACGCAUGUCUCCCGUCAGUCGGGCAGUUCGAUCGGUUAAUGACUUCUCUGAGCGUCUUCGGGGCAACAAAGUCUCCCCUCCUCCUCCCGCACCACCACCACCACCCCCAAAUACCAUCUCAAUUCGAUUCCUCUCGCUCACAGUCUCGUCGCCAUGAUAAUAUCCCUAUCCCCCCUACACCUAACUCUCCGCGCUCCGAAUCAUCAAAUUCAUCCCCAGGUAUAUCCUCUCGAGGCCGUGAGAAAAG